AUGGUGCCAAUGGAUACGGCCCUCCUACUGGAUCUGGUCCAUCGCAACGUUGACUCUACGCAGCAGAGGGUACAUCCCGAGUAUGCUACUUCGGAUAUAUGGGAUCUCGUGCGAUCACGUCCAGAGCUGGUUCGGCGGGAGCAUACAGACCUACCAGCAGAUUGGCUCAGCUGCCGGGCGCCCUCCGAGCAGUCGACCACAGCAGCCAUAGUGCUGACGAUCACUGUUACCAAUAUCUCAGCGGCGUUCCCGACGGUUUAUAUGCCGACCUGUGCUGGCAACGGGCGAGAUCAUGCGUUCCAAGCUGCUGGUAACCAGGAUAUGAAGGUAUCAGGUCUCCGAGGAAGCAGACGCCAUAUCCGGCGAAUCCCAAGCAGGGUGUACACACAAUAA